AGUUAUUCAGUGUGAUGUCAUGUAAUUAGAUCAUUAGUUAUUCAGUGUGAUGUCAUGUAAUUAGAUCAUUAGUUAUUCAGUGUGAUGUCAUGUAAUUAGAUCAUUAGUUAUUCAGUGUGAUGUCAUGUAAUUAGAUCAUUAGUUAUUCAGUGUGAUGUCAUGUAAUUAGAUCAUUAGUUAUUCAGUGUGAUGUCAUUAGUCAGAGACUCAAACAUCAGCUGUUCCUUUAUCUCUGAUGUAAAUGUCAGAGUUCCUACACUGACUGAUGGUUAUUAUUAUCACUCACGUGAAUGUGACUUCAUUCCUCCAACCAGCAGGAGGAGCUGCAGGACGCAACACCCUCCAACCAAUCAGAGCACAGGACAGCCCGUUGCUAUGGUGAUAUUUGUUUAAUCUUUUUUUUCUUGUUUUUCCUUCAAAUCAAGAUGGCUUCUUCAUCCUCCUCCUCCCCUUUUGUUCCUCUCCUCCUCCUCUUCCUCACCAUCGCAGUGGAGUCAAGACUGUCACCUCAACGAAAUGACAAACAGGUGUUACACUCUCUGUUCGGGUCUCGUCUCUCUUCUCUCAUCUUGGCCCCGCCCACUGCUGAUGAUGUCACUGAGGGCUCGGCCGGACGCCCUGCCCCCUCUGCGCUGUCUCCCUCCAGGGGGUUGGCUUUGAGUCACGGUGCUGCAGGGGGGUUGGUUGGCAAACAGGAGGCGGUCCCUCGGUUCUUCCUCGACUUCCUGCGGCGACAGGCCAAGAUGAGGAGGCGGAGCCGGAAGUCGAUGGUGGGAGGAAGAGGAUGCUUCGGGAUGAAGAUGGACCGCAUUGGUUCCAUCAGCGGACUGGGCUGUUAGAGACGUUUCUGUGUACUAUUACCAUGGUAACCUCUGUCCUCCAGAACGUCUGUUGCCACCGUAACCACUUGCAACCUUGAGAAGCUUGAAUCCGCCUGCAUAAACGUUGCAUCAUUGUUUGACCUAUGUGAUGUCACAUCAGGUAACUCUGAGCUGACCCUGCAUGACCUCCGACCUCCAGGAUCACGUGAUCCGUCAGUCAGAGACUUCAUGUUGGAACUAUACUAAUGAAAGACUAAGUCAAAGGAAAUGUACACCUGAUCUGGUGAGGUAGACACAGGUAGACAUCAAUCCUACUAAUGACCUCUGACCUCUGACCCCUGGCUACAACACAGCCAGAAGCAAACUGUGUGUGUGUGUGUGUGUGUGUGUGACGACCAUGUGUUAAACGUGCAGAUGUGAGUAUUUGUAUGUGUGUGUGUGUUUGUGGACCAGCUGUGGUCUGACUG